CGCGUGGGUGUGUGCGUGUCGCUCAGGACGGGAGGAUCGACGUAGACUUACACCAGAUAAGGCCUUGACAGCAGCAAGAUGCCGUCGGUCAGGCGUAUGAUAUUGGGGCACGUGGUGUCAGAGACGUGCGCCAAAAUAAAUCGCAAGAAAAAGCUGGAAGGCGACAUGAUGGACACACCACUCAAGCGAUGUCUUUCCACCUUCGACAUCACCCUCCUGGGCAUCGGACACAUGAUUGGCGCUGGGAUCUACGUGCUGACCGGACCGGUGGCCCGUGAUACUGCUGGGCCCGGUAUAAUGCUGAGCUUCCUGCUGGCUGGUCUGGCCUCACUGCUCGCGGCCCUCUGCUACGCCGAAUUCGGCGCCAAAGUACCAAAGGCCGGCAGCGCCUACAUUUACGCCUACGUUUCCGUGGGCGAGUUUUGGGCCUUUGUCAUCGGCUGGAACAUCAUUUUGGAGCACAUGAUUGGCGCGGCAUCCGUGGCGCGCGCUUGGAGCGGCUACGUGGACUCUCUCUCGGGCCGGGCGAUCAGCAACUUCACCAAGAGCCUCGUCUCGGGCUACGAGUCCCUCGGCACAGUUCCCGAUCCCCUGGCCGGCGCCCUGUGCCUGGUGUACGCUCUCCUACUGACCGUGGGCGUCAAGUGUUCGGCAGCCGUCAACUCGCUGCUCACCAUCGUCAACCUUGGGGUCAUGGGCUUGGUCAUCGGGCUGGGCUUCUACCACGGUGACAUCGCCAACUGGAACUACAAUGGCAACGGCUUCCUGCCCUACGGGCUGACCGGUGUUUUCGCCGGUGCCGCAACGUGCUUCUACGCGUUUGUCGGCUUCGAUUCGAUCGCCACGUCGGGCGAGGAGGCCCGGGAUCCCGGGCGUAGCAUACCUCGCGCCACUGGUCUGUCCAUGGCCAUCGUGACCAUUGGCUACGUGCUCGUGGGCGCCGCCCUGACCCUCGUCGAGCCUUACAGCCGCAUCAGCCGGACGGCGGCUCUGCCGGAGGCCUUUGACGCCCGAGGAUUGCCGUGGGCGAGAUACGUCAUCAGCGUGGGCGCGCUGUGCGGCAUGACGACAACGCUGUUCGGCUCGCUGUUCUCGCUACCACGGACAAUGUACGCCAUGGCGAGCGACGGUCUGCUGUUCGGCUUUCUCGCCCGAGUGAGUAAGCGCACCCAAGUGCCUACCGUCAAUCUGGCGAUCAGUGGGGUCUUCAGUGGUCUCAUAGCCCUGCUCUUCGAUCUCGAUCAUCUGGUCGAGUUCAUGUCGAUCGGCACCUUUCUCGCUUACACCAUAGUCUCGGUGAGCGUGAUCGUGCUGAGGUACAGGCCGGCCCCGCCACCCUCGCAGGCCAUGGACAACACCCUGUCGACGGACACGACGACGAGCAUGGCCGGUACUACGGGUCCGGGGACAGGUGGCUCCAGUAGCCACCAGCUCGCCUCGCCUGCCAAUACCGAUCUCAUGGCCAUGGAUUCGAGCGAAAGUCUGUGCACGCCAGUCGAGUCCCAGCUCACCCGGCAGCUGAUACAGGGCUUCUGCACGGAUAACAUCGGCAGGGUCAGGCCGCGCUACACUUGGUUGGCCAACCUCUUAGCGGACUGCGAGCCGGGGACUGCGGUCACCAUGUCCAUCGUCUUCUACUCCGUAGCGUGUGCGUCGUUUUGCUCCUUCCUGGUGCUCCUGUCGCAAAGCACGUAUUCUCCCCCCUGGUGGGAGUACAUUAUGGUCAUGUUUCUCGUUUUCAUCCUCGUAGCAAGUAUCUUCGUGAUCGCGGCUCACCAGCAAAACCCACCGAGCCCGUGCGGAGCAAGUUUCAGAGUGCCGAUGGUCCCCUUCGUGCCGGCUCUGAGCAUUCUCCUCAACAUCGGCCUGAUGCUGCACCUGUCGCUCUUGACCUGGUUGCGGUUCGUCGUCUGGAUGAUAGUGGGUCUGCUGAUCUACUUUCUGUACGGGAUCCACUACAGCAAAGAAGCCAUCGACCCGACGUCCUACGCCGUGCUGAUGGAGAGCGCGGAGGCGGAACGGGGAGCCAAGUGGGGCUCGUGCAAUCUCCGGAUGAACCGAAAGAGCGACGCCUCGCCGAUCCUCGGCUCCGAAGUUGGGUACAACGGUAGAAACUUUGACCACUAGGCGAACGAGUCCUUGUACCCACACUUGUAUCUUAAUCACGCGAAUUUAAAAAUUGCGACGAUUCAAGAUGUACGAGAGCUCCAUAGGGCGUUGAGGUGCAGAAUGAGAUGGGUUGGGAUUUUAAUUUGGGUUGUUUUUGCGAGAGAACGAGAAUCAGUGUUGUGCCAACGAUACAUGGGGUGGAGUGAAAAAAAGACCUCCCUCGGCGGAUUUGAUGACGAAUCUUCCUCCCUUAUGUACCAAAGAGAAAGAGAAAACGCCUUUUUGAUUUUUGUUAUUUUAUUUUCGUUAACCAAAUCUCACUAUAACUAUUAUGUACACUUAAGGAUAAAUCACGAAGAAAAAAUUAUAAAUUCAACUGAACUUUGAGUGAUUGAUAAUUUAAAAAUAAGUUGUCAAUUUUUUAUGGUUUUCAAAUUAACUCAUGUUGACUAAUCAGUGAAGAGUACAAUGUCACAAAAAUAAUUUGUAUGAUUCGUGAAAAAUUACUUGUCUUGUUACAAGUCAAAAAUCUACAAAGAUUAGAUUUUACCCGGUACAAACAAUAACUCACGUCAAAGCUCAGUAGAUUAGAAAAACUUUUUUUUCAUGAUUCACCUUAAUACGUUCAGAUGCAAAGUACUCAAGUGUACUUUAAAUCUGUGCAUAUACAUAAAAACUGUUCAUUGUUUAAAAUGGUGUGCCUUGAAAUUUAUCGGCAUUGGAAUCUUAAUGGAGAGAGAGAUAGAGGCACGUGGUGCUAUAUUUACAUAAAUGUUUAUCGAGCCAGUCCGUGAAAUAUAUGUACGGCACAUUAGUUUUACGUAUGUUUAACAUUUACGAGUUGAUGAUCGAAUUUAGUAUAGUUUAUCGACUAGCAAAUAUUUUUGCGAAAUUUUUUAUUUUUCGGCCUAAAUCGUAUUUUUGCAUAGUGUAUACGUAGAUAUUUGUUCAAUAUUGUUAACAACUGCUGUUUGAAUAUUACUCGGGCUGACUUUACGUUUACUUGACAAUACCUUGUUGCAGAUGAAAAAUAUAUAAUGAAUAAUAAUAGCAGUGUACAAAAUAAAGAUAACACGUGUAUGACAAGUCUAUAUUAUAAACUACGAAAAUGUGAGGAACAAAAAACAAUAUACAUAAAUAAACAAUAAUUUUUGCGAAACGCUUGAAAAAAAUAAUAUAUUUAUUCAUACAGCACAACACAUGUUAUACAGCAAUGCGAGAGAAGAAGCUUGUAAGAAGAAGUCCAACUAUUACAUUUGUCGUUACGAUUUACAUUGUAUAAUUACAUUGUGGGUGUAUUAUUAUUAAGUUAUCAAUGAGUAAUGGUGUAAUUGUUUUAAAUAAUUUCGAAACUAUUGUUCGUUUUCUGAUGUGAUGUCAUUGAUUUUUAAUAAAAACGAGAAUAAACAAAAAAACUUCCUAAGAUGAACAAAAAAUAACUGUUCGUACGAAUUUGGUGAAUCAGAAAUCAACGUUUGCUGAAACUUAAAGUAGAAAAGACAAAAUAAACCAGCCAAUUUUCCAGUCGCUCGAUCAAUACGACCAGUUCCCUGCUUUACAAACAAACCGUUGGAAAAUCCGACAACAAACGCGCCACUGUAGGCAAUAAAUGGCAAUUUCGCUUGUCAAACACGAACUUGAAACAACGACAUACCAUAUCGAUUGUAAAAAAAAAAAAAAAAAAAAAUCAACAAAGCCAAUCACUAUUCGACAACAACAAAUCGCCGAUAAGCCUCUGCGACUGCCCAGUCACGUGACUCGAGCGGAUCGGUUAAAUACCGGCAGUGCAAGUCUCAAGGAUCACAGUCGAACACUUUCAUUGAUCAAUACCACGUACCGUCCUCGAUUCCUCUGUACCUAAAGAUGAUGUUCAAGUGCUUUCUCGUGGCGGCUCUUUGCAGCGUGCUCGUCCUUGGCGCUGAAUUUCACCGCCGUGACGCCGAGAUGGCAUUCAAGAAGGACGACAAGCGCGACGACAACGCUGUGAAUAUCCUUGCGGCCGAUGAAGCUCCGGUGGCCCUCGAUUUCGCCGAGUCCCGUCAGAAUGUCCAAGUCGUAGACGCCGGUGCCGCCCAAGUAAAGAGCUUUGGCGAGAGCCACGAUGAGAAACAGAAAUCUCCGUGCUGCGGCUAAUCUGCUCGAGUGUUGGUCGACCGGUAGAAUUAUAUACGAGGACGAAUCGUCUUACACCGAAAAACUUUAUUGCAGAAUCAAAAGAAUAUUUACUAGAAUACCUAAAGUGUAAAGUUAAUCACCUCUUGAAAUGAGAUUAUAUUUUUUCACUUUGAGAAAAUAUGUUUUUGAUGUAAAAAAAAAUAGUAUUUUGUUUCAAGAGAAUAUUAACUUGGUACUGUUUUAGUAAAUAGAUUUUCUUGCUUCUAAGAAAUUUUUUUUUUCCAGUGUAAUGGAUGAUUUCGUUCAACCGCUUUAAAGUGAAUUAAUAGAUGUAUACUCUGUUCUCUUGACAUUAAAUGCACGAUUCAAUUGAAAAA